GGCCUUUCGGCAUCUCCUGGGGGCCAUGAUUCGGCUGGGGUGGUCGCUCUGCUGGUCUAAGGGCCGGGGCACCUGCGGUAGUCCUCGGGCCCUGGUCCGGCCCUCCUCUUCUGGCAGCCCGGCGCGGGACAGGCCCCUGCGGGUGCUCGUGGACAUGGACGGAGUGCUGGCCGACUUCGAAGGUGGCUUUCUGAAGAAGUUCAGGGCCCGGUACCCUGACAAGCCUUUCAUCGCUCUGGAGGACCGGAGAGGCUUCUGGGUUUCGGAGCAGUAUGGACAGCUGAGACCCGAGCUGAGCGUCUGCAGCAUCUUGGGACUUGAUGCAAUCAAAACAAUGUCAUCCACAAACAGGAGCAUCUGGAGGACCUUUCCACCCCCAGGAAAUCUUUCUGCUAUCUGGAUCUCCUCAUCUCUCUGGCAAAUACUUUUGGAGAAAGCCAUCAGCAUUUGGGAGUCAAAGAAUUUCUUUAUUGAACUUGAACCUCUACCAGGGGCUGUGGAAGCUGUGAAACAGAUGGCCCGCUUAGAAAACACACAUGUGUUCAUCUGCACAAGCCCCAUCAAGAAAUAUAAGUACUGUCCUUAUGAGAAGUAUGCCUGGAUAGAGAAGCAUUUUGGCCAGGAGUUUCUGGAGCAAAUUGUGCUCACACGGGAUAAGACUGUGGUCUCUGGAGACCUCCUUAUAGAUGACCGACCAGAUAUAACAGGGGCUGAGCCAAACCCCAGCUGGGAGCACAUCCUCUUCACCGCCUGCCACAAUAGACACCUCCAACUGCAGCCACCCAAAAGGAGGUUGCACUCAUGGACGGAUGAUUGGAAGGCAAUCCUGGAUAGCAAGCGCUCCUGCUCACACUGGGUUCUCCCUCCUUAAAGGGACAGGCACCUGCUUCUCUAGGAUGUGGAAGAUGUCCUAGCCCUGGUGGGGUGGGGUGGGGAAAAUCAAGGAGGGAAGAGGAGGGUGAGUAGCUUCCUUUGUGACCUUACUAGGAAGAACUGGAGCUUGGAGCUUUCUCAUAGGAGAGGAAGUAGCUCUAAAUUACCCGUCCCAGGCUUGGAAAUGAAAGGAGACUGGCUCAGUAAGUCUCUGGCUACCACUGUAGUAGCACUUGUUGGGUCCAGGACCUCUUUGUGCACGUCUCCUUCCCCACUGUCCUAGUUGGGCUUUUAAAAGACAAACAGACUUUUACCCUAUGUCAAGAAGGGAAGUUGACUCUUGCCUUUUGGUGUUCAGUGGCAGAAUUUAAGGCCAUUCUCUCCAGAAAUUAUUAUCUAAGACAAAGUUCUGUCAUUUGAAUAGAGGUUUGUCAUUUGAACAAAAAUCUGCCCCUCCUCUUGCCCCACCCUUGAGGUUGUUCAAGCCAGUGUAGACUAUAACCUUAUAAUUUGCUCAAAGAGAAUAUGAUGUAUCCAUAAAGGCCCAACAAAUCAAAUUUUUAAGCUAGUGGGUUUUUGUGGCUGAGAUCUGGGUGGGAGGGGGAUGAGACAGAGUAAUGGGUUAACAAUGAAUGGCGAGUUGUCCCUCACCCCUUCCUGUAAUAGGUUCGUCCCCAGAUAGGUGUCGAUAGGUACGGUCUUCUCAGUCUCCAGAUUCUAUUCUAUUUAGAUCUCUAUCCUAUUCCUAAUGACUUUGGGGUCAAGAUGUAUUCUUAGUGUUUCUUCAUUUUGCCUGUUUGGAGGUUAGAGAGAUGGUGGGUCUUGGGAGACAAUACAGGUCUUACAGUGGGAUCUGCCUGUCUCUUGCCCUAUCUAAGAUGUGAAACUUGGGACCUUUUUACUCUGGUCUCAUGAUCUGGCCUUGAAGCAACCUGUGCUUGGAGGCUGUUGGCAUUAUAGGGAAGUCCUCAGAUAUCUGAUUUUCUGAGGCUAGUAGGUUUGAAGCUCUAACCAUACCCUGACCUGUUUUUCCUGGUUCCAGGAAGACUCUCUGCUCCAUCUCCAUUACUGUCCCCACUCAUCCCUUCCAUCUCACUGCUUUGAUGAGGAUAACACUGAUGUAGAUGCAGACUGGAUGAGUUUGUAUGUGUCAGGGAAGCUUCAGGAAUCCAUCAGGCCUUCAUGUUGGCUCUUCUGUAAUAUCAAGUGGUCCUCUUUCCUGCUUGCCUUGGGAGUGCAGGUGGACAGAAGCAGACUGGAAAUUGGCCCCACUCUCUUGGAGCCCUCCACCCACCCCCAACUCCUUCUCCUAGACAGCUUAUACCACCUUCCCUUUGGCCCUACUGGUGAUCCCUCAUCCCACCUCAGUGAAAAUGAGUGAAUAGCCUGACCCUCUUUCUUCUUUAUUAUCAUAAAUAGCUUCUUAUUCUAUUCCUUUCCCCAGCUGUUAUCUCUCUCAAGUGCCUUUCAGCUACCCUUACCUUUACCCUUAUUUUACCCUUUACAAAAAUCAGGAUCUCUUUUGGGGCAUCAUCCUAUUGCCAAGAAAAUGUUCCUGUAAACCCUUAGGAAAGAUUUGAGAAGUGAUUACAGAAGGAUAGUAACACUGAAUUUGGAUUCUGAGCCUUCUCCCAAAAGGAAGAGCAUUGAGCUUCUUGGGAAGAAUCAGGGAACCAGAUGGAAAGUUCAUCCCCUUCCUUGGUCCUUACUAUACCACACCACCCUUUCUCCAGGAAAAGAAUCCUCUAUUGCUGUAUGUUUAGUAAGAGCUGAACCAAGAUAUCCCAGGAUCUUAUCCCCUCAAAAGCUGAAAAUUAUCAUCCCUCUUUACCUGGAACUUCUGAUGAGGUUUUAGAAUCAUAGGAUCCCAGUUGGGAGAAGGCUGCUGGUAAGUGCAAGUGUUACUUAGCUGGCUCCAGAAGAAAGCUGUAACUAGAGAUGAUUCCUAUCCCCAAGGGAGUGCCUACAGGGAACAGCCAUUGUUCUUCUGAAUAUCCUAGCACUCACACACAUGUAGGUCUGAGAAUAAGAACUGGGAAAGAGGAUUAUUUUCUAGAGCAGAAUUGCUUUUAUUCUCCAAAAACACUUCUAUGAGGAAAUUGGUGAUCUUGAGAAUUCCCAGACCAAGACUAUUAACUCAAGAUAAACUUUUAUGCCUCCAUUCAUUUGUAGAUUUGUAAGGAAGAAAUAGUACCAGCUGUAUAGCAACUAGUGACAGAUGAAGGAUGGAGGAGGAGAGAUGGUUGGUUUCACAGAUCAAAUUAUCCCAGAAUCUGAGUGCUGGAAGGAACUCUAGGAUAAUUUAGUCUCAGCCCCCUAAUGUAACAGAUGAGGAACAGGCCCAAGGACAAUCUGGUCUCUUUCCUCCUGUUGCAAUUACCGAGGCACCACACCACCUCCUGUUGGAACUAGUUUGCUCUCCUCCCUUUUUAUCUUCUCCCAGACUCACUCCCUUCCCCCAGAGGUCAAUCUAGCGAGAUCUAGGUCCUCCUUAGUGACUCAGCAAACGUUAAACACUUACCCGGUGUUAGGCACUGCAACAAGCAUUGGGAAUACAAAGAAAAAACAAACGCAGUGUCUGUCCUUGGAGUUUUUAUCCUGGUGGGGGAAACCUCUACACACAGGGUAGAUGGGAGGCACCUGGAGAAGGUGUUUAUUAUCAGUUUAGAUAGAGACAACGCAUCAGCCACAUAGGCAAAGCUCUGAUCAGUCCUGUGGGAAGGGCAUUGAAGGUGCUGGGCCUGGACUUGACGACUCCUCUUUGAGCCUCAUCUUUGGACAUCUGUAAAACGAAUAAUACUUGCACUUAUCUACCUCACAGGAUUGUGGAGAAGAAAACCCUUUGGGUAAAGCACAAUAUAAAAAGGAACUUGUAUUUGUGUCAAGGAGGAAAGAGCCAUUCCGUUGUCAGUGAUGGAUCUAUUGCUUGUCUCCUGUUUUCAGAUGGCUGGCAGAAUUUCCCCCCCUCCAUCCCCCCCCACGCUAAAUAUCUUAUGUGUACCAUUACUGCCACCUUCUGGACAAGAGGGGGAACUCUACCUUCCCAUCAACCUGAUAUCGGGGGGGGGGGGGGGGGGGGGGGGGAACUGGUUUAAAUCAAUAUGCCAGAACUUAACCAUCCCAAUGGUUAUCAUCUCCUUAAAGCUUCUGUGAAAACCUGUGCGCUUAUUUCAUUGAGGUUGUUGCUCGGAAAUUUCGGAGAGGCCUUUUUUGGAGGGAAGCUAUGAUUACACUUUUCCCUCCUCAAUCCCAUAAUGAAUGAUGAUGCUCCUUCUCCACCUCCUCUCUGGUUGUGGAACCAGCCAGAAUGCAUCCAAAGUCAAACCUGUUCUCAACAGGCAAAGAUUUGUCAUCCCGCUCUGUCCUAGUUCAGAGAAGAUGCAGCAGGUUCUGAAGUCAAAAAGAGCCCCCCCUCCUGGAGUGAGCACAGCUUCCUUGGGCCCGUUAUUGGGUGGGUGUAUUAAAUCAGUCACAUUACUUUUUAGUUACCCAUUAUGCACCUGUCUUUAAGUUGUAUGGAUGCCUUAUGUUUUGACAUCGCUUACAUUUUCAAACAUGAGCAGCAGAGUGGCACAGUGGUGAGAGAGAGAGAGAGAGAGAGCGCGAGAGAGCUGGCCCUGAAGUCAGGAGGAUUCAUCCUCUGGAGGUGAAAGUAUCCAUCUUCAGACUAUUCCCAGCUCUGGGUGAGCCUGGGCCAGUCACUUAAUCCUGCUUGCCUCAGCUUAUAAAAUAAGCUGGAAAAGGAAAUGGCAAGCCACAGUAUCUCUGCCAAAAAAACCUCAAAUGGGGUCAUGAAGAGUUGGACACGACUGAAUAGAAACAUUUCCAAAUAUGUCCUUCCCGCAUCUCUACCUUGUUAGCCUUCCCCCCCCCCCCCAUAUUAAAC